CUUGCUUGUGGAGGCAGCAGUGGAUUUUGCUCAAUAUAACCAAAAACAAUAAUUACAAACUUUUGUCAAAAACAAGAUCAUAACUGUUUAUAUAAUAUAAGAAGUUCUUAUAAUAAAAGUGCAGUAUUAUUUUUACAUCAAUUUAAACAUCACUAAAAUCAAAACCUAACCUCAAAAUUUCACUAAGUGAAAAUGUUGAAGACUUUAUUUAAUCAAAGUGUACGACAAAACAGCACUAAUGCCUCCUUAGUAAGUACAGUUUUUCACAAUAGAAACCCUAGAAAUUUAGAACGAAUGAGGAUUGCUUAUAAACCUGAUGGAUGGCAUGUAGAUAAACCUGGACGCUCAUUCUGGCACAAAUUAGAGUUAACUGAAAGCUCUCGAUAUAUAACUGCACGAGUGGUGCAUUGGAAGGAAGGCCCUGUACUAGAAGCUAGUACGAGCGAAUGGGCCAUUAAGAAGCAAUUGUAUAGACCGAAAGAUAUAUCUGCUUAUAAUAAUUUAGGAAAGAUCUUUGCACAAAGAUGUCUAGAAUUUGGCCUUUCUGAAAUAUACUGCAAUAUAGAAGCUGUGCCGAAUGGAAAAGUAGAUCAAUUCUUAAAGUCGGUGGAAGCAGGUGGUGUUGCACUCAGUGAACCAGCAAGAUUCAAGAAGGCUCAACCAUGGGACGCUGACAGACCAGAAAAGCCUUGGGAAGUAACAGAAUAAAAAUUUAUUUGUCUAGCUUAUAUAAUAAACUCUACUUUAUCCAA